AUGGCUUCCCGUGGUCUUCCCCGUGCCCUCCGCCUCGCCCGCGUGGCCGCCCCUCGCUCCGUGCUCGCUUCGGCCCUCCCUCGCCCUGCCGUUGCUGCCGCUGCUGCCCUUCCCCGUGUCUCCUCCGUCACCACCCCCGUCCGUGGUAUCAAGACCAUCGACUUCGCCGGUGUCAAGGAGGAUGUCUACGAGCGUGCCGAUUGGCCCCGUGAGAAGCUCCAGGAGUUCUUCAAGAACGACACCCUUGCUCUCAUCGGUUACGGUUCCCAGGGUCACGGUCAGGGUCUGAACCUCCGUGACCAGGGCCUCAACGUCAUUGUUGGUGUCCGCAAGGAUGGUGCUUCCUGGAAGGAGGCCAUCCAGGACGGCUGGGUCCCCGGCAAGAACCUGUUUGAUGUCACCACCGCCAUUGAGAAGGGUACCGUCAUCAUGAACCUCCUCUCCGAUGCCGCUCAGUCUGAGACUUGGCCCACAAUUAAGCCCCUCCUCACCAAGGGCAAGACCCUCUACUUCUCCCACGGUUUCUCCCCCGUCUUCAAGGACCUCACCAAGGUCGAUGUCCCCAAGGACAUUGAUGUCAUCCUCGUCGCCCCCAAGGGUUCCGGACGUACCGUCCGCUCUCUCUUCCGUGAGGGCCGUGGUAUCAACUCUUCCAUUGCCGUCUUCCAGGACGUCACCGGUCAGGCUAAGGAGCGCGCCAUCGCUAUGGGUGUCGCUGUCGGCUCUGGCUACCUCUACGAGACCACCUUUGAGAAGGAGGUCUACUCUGACCUCUACGGUGAGCGUGGUUGCCUGAUGGGUGGUAUCCACGGUAUGUUCCUCGCCCAGUACGAGGUUCUCCGUGAGCGUGGCCACUCUCCCUCCGAGGCCUUCAACGAGACCGUUGAGGAGGCCACCCAGUCCCUCUACCCCCUCAUCGGUGGUCAGGGUAUGGACUGGAUGUACGCUGCCUGCUCCACCACCGCCCGUCGUGGUGCCAUUGACUGGUCCGGUCGCUUCAAGGACACCCUGAAGCCCGUCUUCAACGACCUCUACGACUCCGUCCACAACGGCACUGAGACCCAGCGCUCCCUCGACUACAACUCCCAGCCCGACUACCGCCAGAAGUACGAGAAGGAGAUGGAGGAGAUCCGCAACCUCGAGAUCUGGCGCGCCGGAAAGGCCGUCCGCUCUCUGCGCCCCGAGAACCAGAAAUAA